AUGGGCGCAACGAGCUCCAAGGGGCCCAAGAUCACUCCGCACGACAGGGCCGUGCUCGAUCUCAAACUUCAACGUGACCGCAUCAAGCAGUAUCAAAAGAAGGGCGACAAGGCGAAGGCGCUCACCGCCCUGCGUAGACGCAAGUAUCAGGAGAGUCUGAUCCAAAAGACCGACUCGCAGCUCGAGACGCUCGAAGGACUCGUCUCGUCGAUCGAGUUUUCGCAGAUCCAGCAGAGCGUCAUGCUGGGUCUGCAGCAGGGAAAUGCGGUGCUCAAACAGAUCCACACCGAAAUGAACCCCGAAUCCGUCGAAAGGCUGCUCGAAGAAACCGCCGAAGCACAGGCGUAUCAACGGGAAAUCGACGAGAUGCUCGCUACAAACAUGACCGCCGAGGAGGAAGAUGCCGUACAGUCCGAACUCGAACAGCUCGAACGAGAGGCGGGGGGGCGUGUCGACGUGCCAAGUGUCGCGUUGCCAGAGGCUCCAACCACCGAACCGGUCGCACAGACACCCGUACAAGAACAACAGCCGCAUCCGCAGCCGCAAAAGGCGCAACCGGAACGACAAGCUGUGCUCGCAUGA